AUGGCCGGCUCUUCAACUGCUCCCGAUGUCGAGACAUGGAAGGACAUCCGCAGACACGACCUCCGCAUGAUGAGGAAGCAAGUCCGCUACAUUGUGCUACUGAUGGCACUGAUUGAAGCCCUCCGGGUUGGUCCAAUACAGAUCGUCUACGCUGGAAAGCAUGGCUAUCCAGCCCCUGCAGAGGACGACUUCGGCAUUGCUUACACCGUGGGAUACUUUGUUUCCUGGCUCUAUGUCUGCAUCUUCAUGAUCAUCUGGGUGCCUUUCUUCCAGUGGUGGGUUGACAAGGUCUUCCCUGACACUCCCGAAGAUCCACUCAAGCCUUCUUUUGCGAUGAAGGUUAUGUGCUUCCUCAAGAAACUCAACAUGGUCCUCCUCCCCAUCUCGAUCGGCAUCUCCUUCCUCACCUACGCAUGCUACGUCGUCCACACCUUCGUGUACGUUGACAACCGCGCCUAUGGUUCGAAGACGCUCCCAAAGAACACCCGCAAGAACUGGGCCGUCCGUGCCUUCAUGCUGCUUGGUAUUGCCAUCACUACGAGCUUGGGCUAUGGGGCGUUCCAGAUCCUUGCCGAUAUGGAUCUCGCGCAUGUCAAGACCCUCGAAUAUGCCAUCGUCGUGGUGCCGGUUCAAAUCAACUUUGGAAUCCUCUUGGGCACAGUCAUGCAGUUCCGCCUGGAAAAGAGACUUGCACGCAAGCAAGGGUUGCAGGCUGCCAGAACGGAGGAGGGUGCCGCCGACGAGAAGGCUGCCCUUAUGGAGGUCUAG